AUGAAUGUGGCCACUCCGGAAAUUGAUUUUAGGGAAUAUCAAACCAGUUGUCUGGCAUCGUAUAUUUCUGCUGAUCCGGAUAUUACUCCUUCAAAUUUAAUUUUGCAAGGUUAUAGUGGAACAGGGAAAACGCACACUUUGAAGAAAUAUUUCAAUGCUAAUCCAAACUUGCAUGCGGUAUGGCUGGAACCUGUUGAGUUGGUUUCAUGGAAACCGUUAUUGCAGGCGAUAGCGCGUACUGUACAGUAUAAAUUGAAGAACCUAUAUCCAAACAUUCCCACGACAGACUACGAUCCUUUACAAGUUGAAGAACCAUUCCUUUUAGUAAAGACAUUGCAUAAUAUCUUUGCUCAAUAUGAGUCUCUGCAAGAAAAGUCUUGCUUAUUCUUGAUAUUGGAUGGCUUCGAUAGUUUACAGGAUUUAGACGCAGCAUUGUUUAACAAAUAUAUUAAACUGAAUGAAUUACUUCCAAGGGAUUCUAAAAUUAAUCUAAAGUUCAUUUACACGAUGUUAGAGACAUCUUUCUUGCAAAGAUAUUCUACACACUGCAUUCCAACCAUCAUGUUUCCGAGAUAUAACGUGGAUGAAGUUUCUACUAUAUUAGUGAUGUCUAGAUGUGGCGAGCUAGUGGAGGAUUCUUGCCUACGUAAGCGUAUUAUCGAAGAGCAGAUAACUGAUUGUACAGACGAUGAAUUUCAAAAUGUGGCCGCAAACUUUAUUCACUUAAUUGUACAGGCUUUUCAUUCUUAUACCGGCAAUGAUAUAUUUGCAUUGAAUGACUUGAUUGACUUCAAAUGGCCCAAAUAUGUGUCUCGCAUUACUAAGGAAAAUAUAUUUGAACCGCUGACUCUUUAUAAAAGUGCCAUCAAACUAUUUUUAAGCACAGAUGAUGAUUUAAAUACAAAUGGACAAGGUGAGAGUGCCAUAACCAUAAAUCAUGAUGACCUUAAGGACAGUCAAACGUAUGAUUUAUCAAUAAUCUCCAAGUAUCUACUUAUAGCCUCAUAUAUCUGUUCGUACCUGGAGCCUAGAUACGAUGCAAGUAUCUUUUCAAGGAAAACACGUAUCAUACAAGGUAGGGCGGCUUAUGGACGAAGAAAAAAGAAGGAAGUCAACCCAAGAUAUUUACAGCCUUCUUUGUUUGCUAUUGAAAGACUUUUGGCAAUUUUUCAAGCUAUUUUCCCUAUGCAAGGUAAGGCGGAGAGUGGUUCUCUAUCUGCUCUUCGUGAGGAAUCCUUAAUGAAAGCAAAUAUCGAGGUCUUUCAAAAUUUAUCAGAAUUGCAUACGUUAAAACUAAUAGCUACAACUAUGAACAAGAAUAUCGAUUAUUUGAGUCCUAAAGUUAGGUGGAAAGUAAACGUCCCUUGGGAAAUUAUCAAGGAAAUAUCAGAAUCCGUUCAAUUUGACAUCGGCGAUUACUUUAGUGAUAUUCAUGAAUGA